AUGGAGAUGUCUUGCACAGGCAGACGAGAGGGAGAGGAAGAGGGAGGGGGAGAGGAAGAGGGUGUGGCAGAGGAAGAAACUGAAGUCUUGCUCAACAUAUUUGUAACUCAGACAAACAAGUACGCUCAGGAGUUCAUAUCAUCGUCGACCUUGAAGCCAGCGUCCUGUUUCCGGCAGUGGACAGAGACGAACAUUCAUGAGAUGAGGACAUUCCUUGUUCUCCUUCUGCUGAUGGGGAUUGUAAAGACGCCUGACCUCAACUCACACUGGAAAGUGUUCCAGCCAGGGGAGAAUAUCGCAAUCGACGAAUCCCUGUUGCUGCGGAAAGGCCGCCUCGUCUUCAAGCAGUACAUCCCCUUGAAGAGAGCAACGUUUGGAAUCAAAUCCAUUUUACUCUUUAACAACAGUGGCUACACAUCUCGUUUCCGAGUGUACACAGGUAAGGAUGAAUACACGACCGACAUUGACGACCCUCCGCCCCCCGACACUCAACAUUUGGGACGCUCAGGACAGGAAGUGUUUUACCUGAUGUUACCAUUGCUCAACAAAGGUUGUGGACAACUGGUAUACCUCUGUUGA